CGUGCGCAGUAAUACCCCACCCACACAGACGCAGACAGAUACAAUCUGACUGACUUGUUUAUAGUCAUCCACCUCCAUUGUUUUCACUCCAUGGUGGUGUAAUUCCGCUGGAUUCUGACGGCGGCGGGAAACUGCUGAAGUUUUGAAAUUUAAACCGCUCCAGAGUAAACCGACAAAACAACGGAGCGGGCCGGCGGGCUCAGCAAUGGGAUGUGUUGCCGCUUCAGUCAAAUCACUCGGUGCCUGGCGUUGAGGAAGUCGGUGAUCCCGCGGCUCUUGCCCGUCACAGAAAGUGCCCCUGUCCGCAUCUCGGAGUAGGACUAGGACAAGGCCCGGCCCGGGGCGAGCGAGCGGCGUGUCCGGAAGGCCCGGCCUGGGGGUGGCGAGGAGCCUGCCCUAAGCUCACAGACGCUGCACGAUGCCGAUCUGCAAGUAUUUCCAGGAAGGUCGCUGUCGCUUCGGGGACAGUUGUUGGAACGAACACCCGAGAGGCGCCGGGCGUGGACAACAUACUGCGGCCUACAGAGGAAACUGGGGAAAUCCAUUCCAAAAACAUCAAUCUAAUUAUAUCCAGCCAUCAACAUUUUACAAACCGGCAUCAUGGGGAGGAGGUGGCAGGGAUGUUGAUAGAAGAGGAUUUGGAGGUGCAGAAACGGGGAAGAAAGCAACUUCAAGCUCUGGAGGCUUUCUGCAAAAUAGAUUUACAGGUCUUUCCAGUGAUGAUCAAGAUCGUGAUGUGGAAAACCUACUGGAAAUAGUAAGAAAAGACAUUGAAGCAUGGGAAAUCUCUGGCCAAUGGUUAUUUUCCUGCUACUCUGUUGCCAAGGAAUAUGCAUGUGUCUCAGGUCUUGUGGACAUUUCCCCAGAAGAAUUGCGAUUGGAAUACUAUAACAGUAGAGCAGGAGGCAGCUUGUCAAAUUACGCUGACUCCAUUAGACAGUUAUCAAAUCAACAGAGGAACCGAAUGCUUGAAAUUAAGAAACCAAAUUCAUCUGUAAGAAGUUCAAUGAGCGCUGAAUUGAGAAAGCCAAAUCAACAGAAACCUGCAACAGGAUUUGGUGGAAUACAAAAUUCAACCUUUGGCUCAUCCGGUUUUGCCUCCAGCUCUGUAAGCAGCAGCUCAUUUAGCUUCAAACCCAGUGUUGGAUUUGGCAAUACCACAACAACAUCACGAUUUGGAAAUUCUUCAACACCUCUAUCAGGAUUUGAAACCAAACCAGCUGCUUCUUCCUCAGUGUUUGGAAAUUCAUCAACGUUUGCACUUAACACUUCCACACCAGCUUCAGCCUCUGGUGCAUUCGGUGGUUCUGCUACCAGUUCAACUCCAAAUGCCUCAGUGUUUGGAAGUUCUGCUCCAAUUGGAAGUAACUCAACAAUGGGUUCCCCUGGUUUUGGGGGUUCUGCACCAGCCCAAGCACCAACAUCCUCAGCAUUUGGGAGUACCGUAACAACAACAGCAACAAAUGUUUUUGGGGGAAAUGUAAUUGCACCAGCAAAUUCUUUUGGGAGCAAAGCAACAACAGCAACAACAAAUGUUUUUGGGAGUGCUGCAGCAUCUGUAUCUCAGUCCCAGAACAUUCCGGUUGGCAAUAAUCCAGUCAGUGGAAAUGAUAAAUUGUAUACACCUCGGACAGAACUCUCAGCAGAUGACUUACAAGAAUUUGAAGCAAAGAAGUUCACUUUAGGAAGGAUCCCUUUAAGGCCACCACCCGUCGAACUUCUAAAUGUGUAAAUUUGACUAAGUAAUAAUUACAUUGAUUACAUGCCAUCAUUCUUCUUUUUAGACUAGAAAUUAUGCUUUUGAAUUUAUUUUAACUCUUGGUAGAUCCACUAUUAUCAGCAAUAUUAGGGAUUUAACAUUGUAGUAAUUUAUUGGAUAGAUUAUUAUUUCUUUUUCUCCCAACACUUUUCAUGCUUUCUUCAAUUUCCCCAACUAAAAAAAAUUCACAAAAAUCAGUAAAUUGCAUGGCUCUGUUUGGUAAAACUGAAAUAAAUGCACCUGUAGUUAUUUCUGUACCAGAAAUAUGUGCUGUUCUGAUGGAGGUGUGCAGAGUGAUAAAUGGUUCAUUUGUACCAGUGACUAGGGGGGAAGAAAGUGAAUAUAUUAAUGAUUAAUGAAUGUUGGAAGCACUGAAACUUGGAGUUAUAAUUUGCAAGGUGCAAAUUUAUUGUAAGCAGAAAAGAUAUUAAUUUCCCUUAGCUUAAAGUCCGAAUUUUUCUUGAGCUGCCUUUUGGAUAAAUUAUUUCAACAGGAAAGAUUUGUAUGCUGUAUACAACUUACUGUGUUUUUUUAAAAUAAGCUUAAAUGCAUUUUUUAAUUUCUUAGUUUAUUUAACUAUCUACAGUACUGAUUGUAAUUGUUCUAAGAAAUACUUUUAUUUUACAAAAACAUGGUAUUUUAAAUUUCAUGUAUAAAUAUGCACAGCAGGAGUGUUUUCAUUUUGAUACAUCCUAGGAGCACAGAUUGUCUACUUAUCCCCAAUAAAAUGUUUACUAUAAUUUGCCUGAGUUGACCUUUAUAUAUGAAAACCUGAUAGUCAUCCAUUCUCACAAUUCUUGUAUUUUUGUACCUUUUUUAAGCCUUAUAAUUGUGAAAUUGAAGCUUAUAUAGUUUUACACGUUCAUUCUUGUGACUCAAAUUAUUACUUGAGUGCUAAUUCUAAAUCUUCAUUUUAGAAAGGAAAACCAAGUUAUUUAACAUAUUGCCAGGAAGUCUCAAAUCCCUUCACAAUCAAUGAAUUACUAAUGGUAACUGAUGUAUGAGUGUUCAUCUAUUGUAUGCAGGGUUUGUUUUUUGCUCGUUUUGCUGCUUUUAGUACUUUUAUGUGAGCUAAUUAGCAAAUCAAAAUAAAGUGCCAAGUACAGAA